UAUUCUUUCAUUUCACAUGCCCUCUCUCUUCAGUUUUCCGGAUUCAAUUUCCCGCCAAAAAUGAAAAUCUCAGAGCUAUCCUCGCCGGAUUUCCGUCCGAGCAUCCACGAACCCCAAUCUCACGUACUCUCACAAAUCGAGUCCUCGAUCAGAGAACUCGAAAGCCACUUGCCGGGAGCUCCCUUGCCGGAGGCUCUCUCCUCCGACCUCCGACUCAGAUUGACUCAGCUGAGUUCACUCUCACCGUUCCCGAACUCGGUCAAGCUCCAGAUAUGGAAACUCAGCUACCGCCUCUGGAACUCCUGCGUCGACCUCAACAACGCCGCCGGCGUCCGCUCCUCCGGUCAAAAGGUCGGCGAAGAGCACGCCACUCUCCGGCAAGUAUCCGCCGAUUUGCUCUUCCUCGCCGGCGGCGUGACCGGAAUCCCCUCGCCGGCGUUCAAGUCGGCCUCGUUCUACUACAAAACCGGCCUGAUCUGGCACGACCUUCGCAAAUUCGAUUUCGCCAGCAAUUGCUUCGAGAAAGCCACUGAUCUCACCUCGAACAUCGAGAUAAGCGCCAUAUCCGAUCACGAAGAGCGAAAACUUCUCUUGGAUCUGAAUAUAGCGAGAUCGAGAACGGCUUGGGAGAUAUCGGACCGAAAUUUAGCAAUUACGCUACUGAAUCGCGCGAAAAAUGUGCUUUUCGGAUGUGCAGAGAACUGCAAAACGCUUGCGAACCAGUUCUUGGUGUUCGGGAAGAUUGUGUUGGCGAAGAACGAGGUAUCAAGCGUGAAUGAAGCGUUGAAGUUGAUGAACGAAGCGUUAGAUUUAUGCGAGAAGGGGUUGGGGAUUGUGAAGAGGCAAGACGAAGCCCUAGGAUUAAAGGAACUGAGAUCGAAGACGCUUAGGUUCAUUGCGGCCUCACACCUGCAGAGAGAUGAGUUCGAGAGUGUAUUGAAGUGUGUGAGGAUUUUGAGAGAUGGUGGUGGCGGAGACAACCACCCGAGCUUGAGUGUGCUGGCGAUGAAGGCAUGGUUGGGGUUGGGGAGGUACGGGGAGGCCGAGAAGGAGCUGAGAGGUAUGGUGGUGGAUAAGGGGAUUCCGGAAGGUGUUUGGGUGUCGGCGGUGGAGGCAUAUUUUCAGGCUGCAGGAGCAGCAGGGGCGGAGACGGUGAAGGGCUUGUUUUUGGGGUUGCUGGGGAGAUGCCACCUCAGUGCUGGCGCAGCAAUUAGAGUGGUACACAGGGUGGUUGGGGAUAGUGUCAGCGGUGAGGGGUCAAAGGUGAGGGCAAAGGUGGUGGCGGAGCUUGUGUCAGAUGAGAGGGUGGUGGCACUUUUCGCCGGCGAGGCAGCAACAAAGGAGAGGUCAGCAAUGCAUGCUGUUCUGUGGAACUGUGCUGCAGAUCAUUUUCGAGCAAAAGAUUAUGGGAUGAGCGCGGAGAUGUAUGAGAAGUCCAUGCUUUACAUUUCCUAUGAUGUAGAGCAUAGAAUUCUUCGAGCAAAGGGUUUUAGAGUUUUGUGUCUCUGCUACCUAGGUCUCACCCAGCUAGAUCGUGCUCAAGAAUACAUCAAUGAGGCUGAAAAACUUGAACCCAACAUAGCCUGUGCUUUCCUAAAGUUCAAGAUCUUUCUGCAAAAGAAUGACCACAAUGGCGCCAUUACUCAGGUUCAAACAAUGGCAACCUGCGUUGACUUCACUCCAGACUUCCUCUCCCUCUCAGCCCAUGAAGCUGUUGCUUGCCGUGCUCUUCCUGUUGCUGUUGCCUCUCUAUCCAAUCUCCUGAAUUUUUGCUCAGGAAAAUCCACGCCAACAACAGAAGUCGUUGUUCUAAGAACCCUAGUUACAAUCCUCACUCAAGACCCUGGCAAUGAGUCUGAAGUCCUCAAAUAUACAAAACGGGUGCAUAGUCGGGUAUCUGAGCUUGGACCUGACAGGUUCUUUGGAAAAUGUGAAGUUGGGAGACGGGAAAGGAAUUGGUUUGCAGUGAAUUCAUGGAAUAUUGGGGUAAGGUCUGGGAAGGAGAAAAACUUUGAAUUGUGUGCAGAAUUUCUUAGAUUGGCAUCGGAGUUUUAUGGUUUUCUGGUUGAUGGGGAAGUGGAGGGAAACACUGUGAUGGUCUGUAAAUCAUUGAUAUUGACUGUAUCUGCCAUGGUAACUGCUGAGAAACGAAAGCAGGUCAUGUUUUUGGACACUGAAGUCAAGCAAGCCAUCGACAUGCUAGAAAGAGCUGGAAAGAUCCUAAUCUCGAUCUCACCUGGGACCCAAUCAGAUGACAACGAAGUCACCAUUGAGCCCAACUUCUUCUUUGUACACACCUUGAAUGCUUACGAUCUACAUGCAAGGCUCAAUGAUAUGGGGUCCCAACAGCUCCUCCUGGUGAAGAGCUUUGCCACCUCAAAGGCUUGCAAUCCGAAUUUUCUUCUUCACAUUGGCCUUUAUGCCUCGCAGGGUCCAAGGUCUAACCUUGAUGUAGCCAUCUUUGCCCUAAAUACCUGCCUCUCUGCCUUCCUUGCUUCCCCAUCACCGGAUUACCUAAAUGUUGCACUCAUUGUCAGGAAACUAAUUUGUGUAGGAGCCAUUCAUAAGGGUGAUACAGAUGAUGAUGUGGUGUAUGAAAUGUACAAGCAGGCAUACAGAAUUAUGGUAGGUUUGAAGGAAGGGCAGUAUCCCGUGGAAGAGGGUAAAUGGCUUGCCAUGACAGCAUGGAACCGGGCAGCUCUGCCUGUGAGGUUGGGUCAUACGGAGGCAGCAAGGAAAUGGAUGAAUAUUGGGUUGGAACUGGCAGGGAAGGUUCCGGGGAUGCAAACUUAUAGGUCAUGCAUGGAAGAUUUUGUUGCCGUCUUUGGGAAGAAAUUUCGUGGCCAUGAUAGUAGUGAAAGCAGGUCUCAAGUAUUAGUAUGAUGGGUAGAUCUUUAAUGUUGUACAGAAGAUAGGGGUAGUGUAGCUAUAGGUCUUACCUUAUACAAACCACCAGGCUAAUGUAAUUCUAGUUGUAUAUGAUUCCAGUUCAGCUUUUAUUUCUCGGUGCAUAUUUUCACCCUCAAUCUGGUUUGUAUAUUGUUCCGAUGACUUCAAUUUUUUUCUUGGUGUGACGGCCAAUUUUGCCAUUUGAAUGCCAA